AACACGCCACUGUCAUACGUCGUCGCGACCCCGCGGGCGUCCGUCCGCCCGCUUCCCGUCUCCACCUGGGGAAAGUUCCGUUCAGCAUCAAGCGAAGGCGGCCGGAAGGAAAACAUCCUUGCUGCUCUUUGCGUGCAUGCCAUUUCUUUAUUUGAGGCGCAGAAUGUGCUGAUCGUUGUUCCGACAUCGAUAAUGGAGUGGAAAAGGGCCGAUUUGUGGAUUGCAUGUUUUGCGGCAGUGUUCCUAAUGAAGGGACCAACGUGUCAGUAUUUUUCCAAUUGAGUGUUCGACAUUCAGGACGUGUUUUAUGUGGUUGGGAGCAGUAUAAACGAAACGCAAUGAAAUGAGGGCUGCAAGAAUAAUCGUUUAUCAAGUUAAUUGACAACAAUUUUGAAGAUGAAUUUCGCGAAACACUUCAUCAGUGGCAUCCUGAACGUCGUCAGCAACAUCGAUCCGAGCAUCUUCACCCCUUCAGAUCCACCCCCUCCCCGCAGACCCCUGGCGUUCGAGGAGGCUCAGGAGAACGACGAGGAGAAAGCGUUUCGCAGAGCGUUCAAGAAGCUGGCUGGAGACGACAUGGAGGUGAACCCCAAAGAGUUGAUGGACAUCCUCAACCAAGUUCUCACCAAACACGGAAAUUUGAAGACGGACGGUUUCAGCAUCGAGUCGUGCAGAAGCAUGGUGGCCGUCAUGGACAGCGACAGCACGGGCAAGCUGGGCUUCCAUGAGUUCAAGUACAUGUGGAACAACAUCAAGAAAUGGCAGGGCAUCUACGUGUCUCACGACAAGGACAAAUCGGGCCUCAUCUGCAGCAAAGAACUCUCGCACGCCUUCAAGUCCGCAGGCUUCCCUCUGAACGACCAGCUGUACAAGAUGAUCAUCCGUCGCUAUAGCGACGAGCACGGCGACAUGGACUUUGACAACUUUGUCGGCUGCCUGGUGCGACUGGACGCCAUGUGCAGAGCCUUCAAGACUCUCGACAAAGGAAACAGCGGCUCCAUCAACCUGGACAUCAAAGAGUGGCUUCAGCUGACGAUGUACUCGUGAAGCUUCGGCGUCGUCGUCGUCGUCACGUCCGCGGGACCGAAAGAGAAAAAAGCCGCCGUGUUGAACUUCCCGCCGCUGCCGGGUGGUGGCCCCGCAACGUGCUUUACUUUCAACUUUUCUCUCCCAAUAAAAAGUCACGACCUUGAAA